GCCGUGUCGAGUAUUACAGGCACAAAACUAGGCAAAAGCAAUCGAAUGACACUAUUCCUGAAAACAAAAUGACAAAUAUGUAAAAGAAGACAGGCCUUGUUUGGGGUUUUUUCACAUUAGUAGGAUUUAGUGUGAAAAAAAAAUGUUUUUUUUUGCGUCGCCUUAAAGGAUUCGUUCACUUGAGUGCGUCAAGUGUCACGUUCUGAUCGAUCGAUAUUGAUGGUAAUGUAUCGUUUCUGACAAGCCGUGUCGAGGCCUCUUGAAUUCAAAUAUAAUGGUGGAAAACACUCCCUCUCCUCUGCCUGAGAGGGCCAUCUGUGGCUUUGUUUUAUUCCUCGGCUCGCAGUUUGGCUUCUUUUUAUAUUGUGUGUGGGCAUACAUACCAGAGGAGUGGCUUCAUUCAGUCGGACUCACUUACUGGCCUCAAAAAUAUUGGGCCCUUGCUGCGCCAAUCUAUCUGCUGGUGGCAAUAACCGUCUCUGUGGUAUUGCUAUUUGGAAUUAAUAUGUACAAUACAGCUCCACUCGACUCUCUGGACAACAUUACAGAUGGGUUUGCGCAAAGCCAGAUGAGUGAAGUCGCCAAGAAGGGUCAAAUUCCAAGACUAAAGGAUGUUCCCAUCAGUGACGUCAACAAAAUGUUCCACUUGUCAACAAAGCUGUAACUCACCAUCUCUUUGGGGGUUGUUUUGUGUUUGUGACUCUAACUGAAUACUGAUCAUUGGGGCAUUGUUUGGUUCUGUGUCAGUGAACCGAACAUGGAUGUGUUUGGAAUGUGGGAGGAGAAAAUCCCAACAAGCACAACGGAAUUUGAGAAAUGACAUUUAAAUAAUCGUAUAUGUGUUGAGUCUGUCAUCCAUUCUACAGAUACAUUUGAUGAUAACGUGACUGGUUACUGCUCAAAGUUCACCUGAUUAAGUUGAGUAAGGAUACAAAUUACAAUACAAAUACAUUUGUACUCACGACAAGUCAGUUUGUCCUUUUUUCAGCUCUUAUUUUAUGGGAGUGUUUAAUAGCUGUACCUCUGCUAAUUACAAUGUGUGAGUAGGAAGAAUAACAACAGUUAUAAUGAAAUUGCCUUUACAAAC